GCUGUUCAAAGUGUCUCCUUUCCACUUUCCCUUCCUAUUUUAUCCACCCUUCUUUCUCUCAAACAAACAAAUUAAUAACCUUCCAUACAACGAUUUUCUUGAUUAUCAAAAAAUCACAACAAAAAUGGGUUCUUCUUUAUCCCUUUUCUUGACUCCACGUCAUUCCACCACAGUUCCCAGUCUUGGUGACUUGCCUGAAAGUUGUGUGGCUGAAGUUAUGGUUUAUUUGGACCCAUCUGAGAUCUGUAGCAUGUCAAUGCUUAACAGGGGUUUUAGGGCUGCUAGUUCUGCUGAUUUUGUGUGGGAAUCUAAGUUGCCUUUGAAUUAUGAGUCUAUUAUUGAGAGGGUGUUUGAUGAUUUUGAUACCAAUUUGUGUAAAAGGGAUAUUUAUGCUAGGCUUUGUCGACCCUCUUAUUUUGAUGGUGGCACAAAGAAGGUUUGGUUAGAUAAGGGUACAGGAAGGGUUUGUCUAUCAGUAUCUGCAAAUGGCUUGGCGAUAACGGGCAUUGACGAUAGGAGAUAUUGGAGCCGUAUUGAAACAGAUGAAUCAAGGAUUUCUUUUCCUUUCAUUCCCUGCAGAUUCCAGUCCGUUGCAUAUCUCCAACAGAUCUGGUGGUUUGAAGUGGAUGGAGAGGUUGAUUUCCCGUUCCCAGCAGGGUCUUAUAGUAUUUUCUAUAGACUGCAAGUGGGACGUGCCUCUCGAAGAUUUGGACGGCGAAUUUGCAACUCCGAGCAUGUUCACGGAUGGGAUAAAAAACCAGUACAGUUCCAGCUCUCAACAUCAGAUGGUCAGCAAGCUACAACCCAGUGUAACUUGAAAGAACCUGGAAAAUGGAAAUACCACCAUGUAGGAGACUUUAUUGUCACACGGUCUACAAGAACUACGAAAGUUAAGUUCUCCAUGACCCAAAUCGAUUGUACACACACCAAAGGUGGACUUUGUGUAGAUUCUGUGUUAAUAUGCCCGAGCGAGUUUACAGAGAGGUUAAAGCGUUUUUAAUUUGCGGCUAACCUUCUCUUUAGGAAAGAGUUUGUAAAAGAGUUAGAGUUAGCACUAUCCGUAGUUCCAGAGAAGUUAGUAAGGAACGGCAAUCAGCUUAUAUUAGAUCGAGUCGAUGUGUGUGUACGUGUAUGGCGGGCUUUUUAAAUCCCAACAACUCGUUACUAGAUGUCGUAGGCUUUCUCCACUCGGAACGUUUAUUGUACUGAGUCUUUAGUGUAUUUGUUGUACUGAGUCUUUAGUGUAUGUUAAAUCAGACAACUUCUUUUCAUGUGUA